AUGGAUUUGAGUCAUUGUUGGAUUGCAUAUGCUUUGGUUCAUUGGACUGCUCUUGGCUACAAGGGAGCCCCACUGGCAGCUUCCAUUUCACUCUGGCUGUCGACCAUUAUGCUCGCUGUUUAUGUGAAGUAUGCUAAGAGAUUUGGGGAUACAUGGAAAGGGUUUUCAUCUGAAUCAUUCCGUCACAUUCCCUCAAACUUGAAAUUGGCACUGCCCUCUGCUGCAAUGGUGUGUCUGGAGUACUGGGCAUUUGAGAUUCUGGUUUUGCUAGCUGGGUUGAUGCCUAAUUCAGAAACAACCACUUCAUUAAUAGCAAUGUGUGUGAACACAGGAGCUAUAGCAUUCAUGAUUGCUUAUGGUCUCAGUGCAGCAGCAAGGCAAUCUGGACCGAGCCAAGCACGCCAUGGCAGUACUCUCAAGAUCACCAACCGGCUUGCUCUUGCAGUUGUUCUACUCCUAGCCCUUUGCCACAGUAUCUGGGCUAGCUUUUUCAGUGAUAGCACUGUCAUAAUAAAGGAUUAUGCUUACAUGGCACCCCUGCUUGUAGCCUCAAUACUAUUAGACAGUACACAAGAGGAUGUGGCUGGUAGCAUAUCGCCAACUUGGCUAUUUGAUCGGCAAUGGCAUGCCCAUCGAUAUUUCGGGGGAAAUCCCAAAAAAUCGUCGGCGAUACACAUGGUCAACUUGGGUCGUCGACGGUCAAAUCUCGAUGGUCAAAUGCGCUACAGUGCUAGAGAAAAGGUCCUUCCUUUUGUCGCUGAGGGGAUUUGA